AUGGCUGCAGCGUCUUAUGAUCAGCUGCUGAAGCAAGUGGAGGUACUGAAGAUGGAGAACUCCAACCUUCGACAAGAGCUUGAGGACAACUCGAACCACUUGACCAAACUGGAGACUGAAGCCUCCAAUAUGAAGGUAAAAGGCAGAAAACAGAUUUUCUAUUAUUUACUAAGAAACCAGGUUUGUUCAUUAUGGCACAGUGUAGCAAACAGGCUUUUCUUAUUGGAUAAGUACAGAUGGUAGGCUCUCUCCCCGUUCCACUCCUUUUCUAAGCUUUCCCUUCCGUUUCAUGCCUACUGAACACAACCCAGCUUUUCCUAGUACCUAGGGCCCUAAAAAAUAUGCGUUGCGGAGAAUGCAGACGGAAUCACGGAAUCCAGACAUUAAAACGGAAUUCAACACUAUUCAAAAAUGUAUUGAACUUAGUAGGAAAUCAACUAAAUCUAUUGAAUUUAUUCGAAAAUGCAUUAAUUUGCGCAAGUGAAUCAUAAGACAUGAAGGAACAAAAUCCAUCAAUGAUUCAAAUUGUCUUGCAACUUUCUGAAACGGCAUAGGAAUGCCCGUCUGUGUGUGUGGCGCGACGUAUGCCUACACUUUGUGUAGCUGUUAGCGAUGAUGCUAAUGAUAACCUUCUUCUGGUAGAGAUGGAAAGGCUUUCCCUAUCUGGCAGAAUGAUAUGAUUAUUUGCAUCAAUCCAGUGGCCAUUUUUUUUGCAAACUCUGCAAUCACAUGAGUGCAGCAGCAAUACCGGGCUCUUCCUGGUGCUCACUUGCAUUAAAGGCUAACUUCACCCAAAAAUUGACAUUUCAAAAAAAAAAAUCCCAGACCUCAAUUUUUCUCCUGAUGUGGUUUAAACAUUGAUGUGGACUUAACAUCUAAUGUAAUCGUUUUUCUAUAAAUAAAUUAAAAAGUGUGUUUUGAGAGUGAAAACAUGGGGAAACUGAUAUCUGGAAAAAGAAAACAGAAUUAGGAAAAAAGCUUUUAGGGCCCUACGUACCCCAAUGCUUGAAUUGUGCCCUUUUGUUUUGGCACGUCCUGAAAACCGUAAAACGCUAAAGCAGCAACCUUUUAGAGUCCAUUGUGCUCAUGUUUGAUCUGGUGUCUGUUAUGGUGUUAGUCAAUGGCAUGGCUCUAUGUUUUUUUAUGUUUUAUCCCUUAGGAGCUUUUGGGGAUUUUAUUUGCCUUACAUGUCAUUUUGAGGGUAGAGAGGGUUGAAUUUGACAUGCAUCUGCCAACCAAUCGAAAACCAGAUGUCACAGACAUAACCAAUCAGCCUAUAGCUAGCUAUCUUGAUUUUUAUGUAUUCUAUAAAUAAGCUUUGCUGUACAAUUUAAAGGUAAAAUACACUGCAUUUCAAACAGUCAGCAAUAAUCUAAUGAAUUCAGGGCUUGUGAAAUUAUACUUAGGCUAAGUAUAAGCCUUCCACAACCAUAAAACCCACUAAUAAUUACAUUAUUUUAUCAAAAUAGUUUAAUCUGCUUUUUUGCACUAAUCACUGAUCUGGCUUUCAAAUCUAUGAAAAUGCACUUUUGUUUACAAAUUUAGCCACAACCAUGCAUAAUGCACAUUCACUAAUAAUGACUAACUUCUUAUAGCAUGCAUUAUAGAAAAUGAACACAGGUCUCAUGAACAAUCUCAAGCACAAGCCCACGUGCUAGUGAGUAGCCAGCUGAUCUUUAUAUUUAAAGUCUAGCCAACUUGGAUCUAUUUGCUAGCUAACAAGGUUGAACAGUUUAAUUGUAAUAAACACACCCUUCUGUCCAUCUCCAACUGUUUGAACAGUAUGCUAGCCAGUCCACUUUGUUCAGAUGUUGAAAUCAAGUGGCCUACCUUAUUCUCAGAAUGAGAACGAGUUGCCAAUUCCUUAUAUAAUAGUUGUUUUAUGCUCAUUGCACAUUUGUAAAACAGACAAGACAGCUAGUCUGUGGCUAAAAUGCUGCUAGCGGUACGUGCUACUGCAAUACCAAGCGCAACAGAAACUGAGCAUUCAUUUUCCAGAAUCAAUGUUCAUUGAUGCUCCCCUUUUAGUAGGGUCUGCUCUUCGUGCAAUUUGAGGAGUUGAAACAUAAAAGGUUGUUGUUUAGAAAAGGUUAACCUCUCCUCUAUUACAGUAAAAUGUCUCAAUGUGUUUGUCCAUAUGAUGGAUUCUGUUGGACCAAACAGCAAAUAGCGAGUUGAAACCGCUUGUUGUGAGAAAGGAAGAUGUGAUCUUUAAUCUUUGUUCUUGUGGCAAGGUGAGGGGCUUGGUGUCUGUGUGGGCGUGGGAAGUUGCACAGAAGGAGCGAAGGAGACGAGACCAAAAAGACAUGAGAACAAGCGGACAUAAAAGCUCAAAAACAAAAAUACAAAAAAACUUUAUUGCGAUACAGGCAUUUGGAAUAUUGUGCAAAAACAUACAUUCAAAUGAAUUGAAUUAAUUCUAUGUAUUGCCCAACCCUACUUACUAGCUGUCAAAUCUUUGUUUUCUCCGCCCUUGUUUAAUCAAUUCCUCUGAAAGCUCAUUGGAGGUCCAAGGGAGGGACCGUUGAUCCUCUCCUCCAAUGCACUUUGAGAGGUUUUGAGGAAAGAUUUGGUUAUUAACACUUUCAGACACAGCCUAAGUCUGUGUUCAUGAGAGGAGCUGUCAUCCUGGGCUAGGCUGCUGAAUGUCUCACACACUCACACAGACAGAGGGGUUGGAUGUGCCAGCCUGCUUGGUUACAUAAUUGGAUGAUGUGACCUGGCAGGCUGAGGAUACAGGAGGUGAUUUAACUCCCAGGGCUUUUCUCUUCUCACAGGAACAUUUUGGUUCUCAACAGUCUUUGUCAAUGUCUUCUACCCCACAAUGCACCCCUGGGUAGUCAGGGGUGCCACCUCACAUUAGUGAGCGCUACUCUCUUACGUGUGGCAGUGAAUGUAGUUGGGAAACACACUCCAAUAUACUUCUCGUCUCCUGAUCAUGAAUUUGUAAGAAAGAGGGGCAGUGAAAUGAAAACAAGAGAAGGAAAGUGGAUGUGAUGAUGGUUUAGUUGCUGAAAUUGUACCAAGGGCCAUUUUGUUUCUCAGGUUAAAAACUCAAAGCUUUACUGACCCUGUUUUUCCACACAAGAAUAUUGAGCCUAUUAUAGGGCAGCUACAUGAUAAGAAUGGGGGAUAUACUCCCCCUGUUCAUGUGUGUGGCCUGUAACGCUUAUCUCAAUGUUCUAUAUAAAGACACAAUACUGUGUAUAGGCCUGCUAGUUUACAGACAUUUAGUCUGGGCAUUAUGUAAAUGUUGUCUAAUGUAACAGUAACCCAAAAUGACCGCACAUUCACUGCCGCCAUAUUUUCUUGGAUGCAAACAGCCGGCAGUAGAAGAUUAGUCCAUGCAUUAUUCAUCCUAGCCAAUUUACACGCUAGUAGCCUGGGAGCCAAUAUAAUGAAUCUAGCCACCCAGUCCCUUUAGCAGGGAGGAGAGGGAGCUUAUGACGAUCUAAACCGUCUUUAUCUUCCGACUUCCCCCACCCAUUUUAUUUUCUUAGUGUGCGUCCCAAAUGGCACCCUAUAUGGUGCGCUACUAUGGUCCCUGUCAAAAGUAGUGCACUACAGUGCCUUCUGAAAAGUAUUUACACCCCUUGACUUUUCCACAUUAUGUUGUGUUUCAGCCUGAAUUUUAAAUUGAUUCAAUUGAGACUUUGUGUCACUGUCCCACACACAAUACCCCAUAAUGUCAAAGUGCAAUUAGCUAUGUUUUUACACAUUUUUACAAUUAAUUAAAAGUGAAAUGAUUAAAUGUCUUGAGUCUAAGUGUUCAACCCUUUUAUUAUGGCAAGCCUAAAUGUGCUCAAGUCCCAUAAUAAGUUGCAUGGACUCACUCUGUGUGGGAAUAAUAGUGUUUAACAUGAUUUUUGAAUGACCACCUCAUCUCUGUACCCCACACAUACAAUUAUCUGUAAGGUCCCUCAGUCGAGUAGUGAAUUUCAAACCCGAUUCAACCACAAAGACCAGGGACGUUUUCCAAUGCCUUACAAAGAAGGGCACCUAUUGGUAGAUGGGUACAAAUAAAAUAAAAAAGCAGACAUUGAAAAUCCCUUUGAGCAUGGUGAAGUUAUUAAUUACACUUUGAAUGGUGUAUCAAUACACCCAGUCACUUCAAAGAUAGAUACAGGUGUACUUUCUAACUCCGUUACCGGAGAGGAAGGAAACGGCUCAGGGAUUUCACUAUGAGGCCAAUGGUGACUUUAAAACAGUUGCAGAGUUUAAUGGCUGUGACAGGAGAAAAUUGAAGAUGGAUCACUCCACAAUACUAACCUCUAAUGAGAGUGAAAAGAAGGAAGCCUUUACGGAAUAAAAAAUAUUCCAAAACAUGCAUCCCUUAUGCAGUAAGGCACUAAAGUAAAAAUGUAGCAAAGAAAUUAACUUUGUCUGAAUACAAAGUGCUAUGUUUGGGGCAAAUCUAACAAUGCAUUACUGAGGACCACUCAUAUUUUCAAGCAUGGUAGUGGCCGCAUCAUGUUGUUUUGGUAUUUUAUUAGGAUCCCCAUUUAGCUGUUGCAAAAGCAGUAGCUACUCUUCCUGGGGUCCACACAAAACAUGAAAUAAUACAGAACAUUAAUAGACAACAGCUCAAGUACAGAACUACAUACAGUUUCUAUUUAUUUUUUUGUUGCAAAAGGCACACGUAGCCUACAUAUCAAUACAUAUACACAAACUAUCUAGGUCGAAUAGGGGAGAGGCAUUGUGCCAUGAGGUGUUGCUUUAUCUGUUUUUUGAAGCCAGGUUUGCUGUUCACAUGAGCAAUAUAAGAUGGAACUGAGUUCCAUGCAAUAAUGGCUCUAUGUAAUACUGUACGCUUUCUUGAAUUUGUUCUGGAUUUAGGGACUUUGAAAAGACCCCUGGUGGCAUGUUAUGGGUAUGCUUGUCAUCGGCAAGGACUAUGGAGUUUUUUUAGGAUAAAAAAAACAAAACAGAAUAGAGCUAAGCAGGCAAAAUCCUAGAGGAAAACCUGGUUGUCUGCUUUCCAACAGACACUGGGAGACUAAUUCACCUUUCAGCAGGACAAUACCCUAAAACACAAGGCCAAAUAUACACUGGAUUUGCUUACCAAGAUGACGUUGAAUGUUCCUGAGUGGCCUAGUUACAGUUUUGACUUAAAUCGGCUUGAAAAUCUAUGGCAAGACUUGAAAAUGGCUGUCUAGCAAUGAUCAACAACCAAUUUGACAGUUUGAAUAAUUUCUUUAAGAAUGUGCUAAUAUUUUACAAGCCAGGUGUGCAAAGCUCUUAGACUUGCCCAGAAAGACUCACAGCUGUAAUCGCUGCCAAAGGUGGUUCUAACACACUUGUGUCAAUUCGAUUUCUGUAUUUCAUUUUCAAUACAUUUGGCAACAAUUCUAAAAACAUGCUUACACUUUGUCAUUAUGGGGCGUUGUGUGUAGAUUGGUCCCCCAAUUAUUAUUUUUUAAAUUCCUUUUCAAUUCAUGCUGUAAUACAACAAAAUGUGGAAUAAGUCCAGGGGUAUUAAUUAUUUAUUUCUGAAGGCAUAGGGUGCCAUUUGGGACGUAGACUCAAUGUGAAUGAAAGAGAAUUUGGCUGUGCAGACAGAUACCAACUAGCCAGCUAACCAGCCAGCCCCUCCAUCUCUUUCUUACCCCAGAGGCAGGCAGCGCUCCCUGGGUUGGCUUCAGUAUGUCAGCGCCUCCCUGGAGGAUGGAUGGUGCUAUACCAUGCAUGCUAAUGAGGAGAUGGCUGGCUAGGGGGGCUCCCUACUCCCUAGCCCAUGAAGUAGAGUAUCUUAAAUAAGACAUCGGUCUUAUCUCCCCCCUUCCCCAACAAAAAUAAAACCCUUGCGCUUGUCUUUUCCUGCUUGCACUGACUUUGCUGAUAAAGUCUUUGUUACUUACUGUGAUAUGUGGUUGUCUCUCCUAGCUAUCUUAAGAUGAAUGCACUAACUGCAAGUCACUCUGGAUAUGAGCGUCUGCUAAAUUACUGAAAUGUAAGUAAAGUCAAGACUGCAUAUCCUUUCCUGAAUCCCAAAUCAACCCCUAGCCUCUACCCUUUGUGUUGAUCUGACAGGAUGGUAGUAGGCUGGUAGCUCCUAUCUUGCCCUCUGAUAGACUAUGUGGAAUUGUUGCCAUAUUGCUUACACCAAUCUAAUCCUCUCUGAUCUAAUCAAAUGCCUAGGGCAUGCAGGCUAAGGUUUGAUUUGUUAUUCAGUGUGAGAGCUCACUGCUUUUGUAGAGCUUUUUUCCGAUGUAGCCUUUUCAUUUCCUGGUAAUAACACAGUGUACGGACUCACAGCAUCACAGCAUGUAGGGACUUGCUUAGGUAUAUUUUUGGUGCAAGCUUAGUCAGUCAUUAGCUAUUAGUCAUUGAUGGGGAGAGUCUUACAGUAUGUGUCAUCAGUCUUACUCACAGUAUCUGAGACUGUCUACACACUUUCCAGUAUUUUUGGAGCUGGUUGGGGUUUGAGUGAGGGGCUCUGCGCUGCCCUUAGCUGGGGAGAGUCUUCCUUUGUUAGUCUUCCAACACUGUUGACACAUCCUUUAUCUCAGUAGGUUUGGAGCUGAGUUUGGGGUUUGCCUCAGUCUCACUUUUGGGUGAAUGUGAGGCAAGGGGUCUGCCGGCUCUACCCUUAGCUAAGUAGCAGUGCUGAAUGUGCCACUCUAACUAUUAACAAUGCACUCAAUCAACUCUGCCUCUGCGUAGUCUGUGUCUGCUCUGGCUCAAAUGGAAAAUCCUGCCAACUCAGUGAAUUUAGUAAGCCUAGGGCUAUGCUACCUGCUACUCUGCAAACAGAUAUUUCACAUUUGGGGGGGGGGGGGGGGGGGUGUGUAGCUGCAGAUACAGAAUCAGCCUGGGUUUGGCUUAGGGAUUUUAAGGAGAUAUCAAAUAAAUAAGAAAAUGUGUUAAAAAACAGAAAUGUUCAAGUUUUAGUAAUUGUCACAGUUGAGCUAUGCUCUCCGUUCCAUGAUCUAAAGAUAUUAUGAAUAACCAGACAUUGAUACUGUAAACGGUUAAUGAGUCACAUUUUAUUAGUUGUAUAAUGUGGAUAGCAAUGUCCUCAUCAACAGUAAAAGAUAAGAAAUGUUAUUUCAUGGUCGCACGCCGACAGUUGGUUUAAGUGCGCAAAACCUUUUAUUUUGUUAGAGCUCUAUUGUGAUUCAGUUCAGUUUGUGCCUGUUGCAACUUCCAGUUUUUAUUGUCCCCCACGAUGAAAUCAGGGAAGGGACUGUGGAUCUGUCUCCAUCCGCUAGUAUGUUCGUAUGUUUGUUUGUCACCUACGAUAUCUCAGACCACACUGGCCCGAUUUUUGAUGAAACUUGGGUAAAUGAUGCUUCUUACCGUAGAGAUCUGGCAUUUACAAAAUGACCCUGAUUGGCCCAAGGGGGGUGCUGCAGAAUUCGUGGGUGAUAUGUUUACUGUUGCCUUGUUUUCUUUUGUAAAUACUUGUACAGUUUUCACCGGCUUAUUCUUCACUUGAUAGUAAAAAUCCUCACUCUGGCAAGAACAAACACACCAUCGUAUGCCUCCUCACUGUAAAAUCUAACCACUGGGCCAACUUCACAAUAAUCUUUGCACUUGGUGCCACAGCAGCAUUCAUUGUGUUGACCUGUAUUGUUUUUAUUUCCUUCCUGGACUAUAUAGCGCCAUAGUGUGUGUGCCUUAGAGAGAGCAGCCUACUGCAUCCUGCUUACUAAAUAGUUUUUAGCCUAAUACUUGGCCUAGUCUGAAGUAAAUUAAGUGUUUUGUUGGUUAACGGUAGCCUAAGUAGUAAAAUCACAGUGACUUAGUGCAAGGAUUCUGCAGGUCCUAAAUAGGGGGAAGGGUUAUCAUUUGCAACCAAGUGAAGUAUUAUGCCUAUCUUGUAGUAAUAUGACCUCCAUAGUAUUCCUUACUGGGUAGAACCACUGUUGAGAUAAUACAUAAUUAGAUAAUUGAAGGGGUGGAUAAUGUUUAUGACUAAUGGAUGAGAUUACAAACAGUCUGCCUUUUCCCCUGUGGUAAUCAGUCUCAUAUUCAUCAGAAACAAUAUCUUCCUCUCUGGCACGUUUAGAGCACGCUUGCACACACACAGACACUGCUGCUUCUGAGACGCUCCCUUCCCUCUGCACCUCAAGGAAGGCAGGACGUCUUUUUUUUAGUGUCUCUCCUUUCCACACAUUGUAUCUGAUGAAUGCGCCUCUCUCAUUUCCGUCCUCCAGCCAUUUCCUCUCUCCUCAGGGCUCAGGGGGCCGCGUCCCAAAAGGCACCCUAUUCCCUUCAGAGUGCACUACUUUUGACCAGGGCCAAUAGGGCUCUGGUCAAAAGUAGUGCACUAUAUAGGGAAUAAGGUGCCAUUUGGGAUGCGGACAGGCUCACAGAUGCAGGGAGACAAGAGGCGAGCACAAACACCACACUCUUCAUCAUUGAGCACAGAGCAGGCUUCCUCUCUUUCCUACCCACCAAGCCAAUUACACACAGCAAAACGAGCUCCAUUUUAGUUAGAUAAUUAUGUUUACAAACACUCAAGCACUCACUCAAUUUGAACUUAUCUUAUGCAGCCUACUUAACAUACGCUUUAGAUAAGUACUACACCUCUAACAAUCUUCAAUCAUGUCAUCCUGUGUGUGUAAAGGAAUUAUAUGAAGUGAAAUGUUGCAUGUGAUAUCUGAAGUUCCUGGCAGAAUGUUUCUGAAGAAGUUGGCUGACUUUAAAUGCCUUUUGACAACUAGUGGCUCAUUCCCAGUGACAACUGUCAAGCCAGGAUUGCAUCCCAAAAAGCACUCUAUUCCCUACGUAGUGCGCUACUUUUGACCAGAACCAUAUAGACCCUGGUCAAAAGUAGUGCACUAUAUAAAAAAUAGGGUGCUAUGUGGGACACAGCCGAUGUUCAGGCAGCUUUGGGAUCCAGAUGGGAGAAGGAAUUAUUCCAGUUAGGAGUGACAGUGUCCUGUCAUGGCGUAUCAAAGAGUGUGGCUUUGAUUCUCUUCAUGUCAUGUUGUAGCAAAGGAACAGUCAUAAGAUGACUCAGCAAUAUGACAUCAUCCAAGGUCUUUGUUUGUGUGUGUCUUCUAGGGCUGACCCCAAUUAGUUGAGUGGUCGAUUGUUUGGUUGUUAGGCUGUUGAUCGACCGAGAUUGUUUUAGUCGUGUGUGUUAUACAGUACCAGUCAAAAGUUUGGACACACCUACUCAUUCCAGGGUUUUUCUUUAUUUUUACUAUUUUCUACAUUGUAUAAUAAUAGUGAAGACAUCAAAACUAUGAAAUAACACAUAUGGAAUCAUGUAGUAACCAAAAAAGUGUUAAACAAAUCAAAAUAUAUUUUAUAUUUGAGAUUCUUCAAAUAGCCACCCUUUGCCUUGAUGACAGCUUUGCACACUCUUGGCAUUCUCUCAACCAGCUUCAUGAGGUAGUCACCUGGAAUGCAUUUCAAUUAACAGCUGUGCCUUCUUAAAAGUUAAUUUGUUUAAUUUCUUUCCUUAUUGCAUUUGUGCCAAUCAGUUGUGUUGAGACAAGGUAGGUGGGGUAUACAGAAGAUAGCCCUAUUUGGUAAAAGACCACGUCCAUAUUAUGGCAAGAACAGCUCAAAUAAGCAAAGAGAAAUGACACUCCAUCAUUACUUUAAGACAUGAAGGUCAGUCAAUACGGAACAUUUCAAGAACUUUGAAAGUUUAUUCAAGUGCAGUCACAAAAACCAUCAAGCGCUAUGAUGAAACUGGCUCUCAUGAGGACCACAACAGGAAUGGAAGACCCAGAGUUACCUCUGCUGCAGAGGAUAAGUUCAUUAUAGUUACCAGCCUCAGAAAUUGCAGGCCAAAUAAAUGCUUCAGAGUUCAAGUAUCAGACACAUCUCAGCAUCAACUGUUCAGAGGAGACUGUGUGAAUAAGGCCUUCAUGGUCGAAUUGCUGCAAAGAAACCACUACUAAAGGACACCAAUAAGAAGAAGCUCUUAUCCAGAGCGACUGGUAUACACUACCAGUCAAAAGUUUGGACACCUACUCAUUCAAGGGUUUGCACACUCUUGGUAUUUUCUCAACCAGCUUCACCUGGAAUGCUUUUCCAACAGUCUUGAAGGAGUUCCCACAUGCUGAGCACUUGUUGGCUACUUUUACUUCACUUUGCUGUCCGACUCAUCCCAAACCAUCUCAAUUGAGUUGAGGUCGGGGGAUUGUGGAGGCCAGGAAAUCUGAUGCAGCACUCCAUCACUCUCCUUCUUGGUAAAAUAGCCCUUACACAGCCUGGAGGUGUGUUGGGUCACUGUCCUGUUGAAAAACAAAUUAUAGUCCCACUAAGCCCAAACCAGAUGGGAUGGCGUAUCGCUGCAGAAUGCUGUGGUAGCCAUGCCGGGUAAAUGUGCCUUGAAUUCUAAAUCAAUCACAGACAGUGUUGCAAAGCACCCCCAAAGCACCCCCACACCAUAACACCUCCUCUUCCAUGCUUUACGGUGGGAACUACACAUGCGGAGAUCAUCCGUUCACCCACACCGCGUCUCACAAAGACACGGCGGUUGGAACCAACAAUCUCCAAUUUGGACUCCAGACCAAAGGAUACAUUUCCACCGUUCUAAUGUCCAUUGCUCGUGUUUCUUGGCCCAAGCAGGUCUCUUCUUAUUGGUGUCCUUUAGUAGUGGUUUCUUUGCAGCAAUUCGACCAUGAAGGCCUGAUUCACACAGUCCCCUCUGAACAGUUGAUGUUGAGAUGUGUCUGUGACUUGAACUCUGUGAAGCAUUUAUUUUGCCUGCAAUUUCUGAGGCUGGUAACUCUAAUGAACUUAUCCUCUGCAGAAGAGGUAAAUCUGGGUCUUCCAUUCCUGUGGCGGUCCUCCUGAGAGCCCGUUUCAUCAUAGCGCAUGAUGGUUUUUGCGACUGCACUAGAAGAAACUUUAAAAGUUCUUGAAAUGUUCCGUGUUGACUGACCUUCAUGUCUUAAAGUAAUGAUGGACUGUCGUUUCUCUUUGCUUAUUUGAGCUGUUCUUGCCAUAAUAUGGACUUGGUCUUUUACCAAAUAGGGCUAUCUUCUGUAUACCUCCCCUACCUCAUUUCUGGUCUACCUUAAUCAUAAAAUUACACAAAACAAAUCUAUGGUGAUGUUGGUCUCUUAAGUAUAGUAGUUAGGAUACUUCACUCAUUAGUCUCGUAAUCUAAUCCCACCACCCUCCACGCCUGCCUUCCAUGACAACAUCAAUGCUUGUUUUUUCCAUAUUGUGCAUCAUAUGUCGUGAUAUUUUUUUACAUCUCAUUCUCAAGGACAUUUACAGUCAGUAUAGUACAAAAGCAGGACAUGGCCUAGCCCCUCUCUCCCACCAAGACACAUGCACUCUCCCUCCCCCACCCAGGCUCACAUGCCAACCAACAACCAAACCCCAGGGCCUUGUGGGAGCCCAGCUCAGAUGAAACGAGAGCCUGAUGAUAGACACCCCGGCGUGCUGGGCUCUGGCUCUGCAGAUGGGUACUUUUAAAGCAUCGAUUUCCAUUACUGGGAGUAUAGGGUGACUUUUUUAAAAGCCUGUGUGUAGUGUGUGUGUGUGUUGUAGAGGGAAUGCUGCAGCACUAAUCACUCUGCAGGGAUGCCCUCGUCAUAUUCUAGCCGGUCUCUCUGUUGGAUUUACUUAUUGUGUGCAAGAAGGGUUGGGCGGUAUCCAGAUUUUCAUACCUUCAUACCGUUCCUGUACCAUUCCGGGGUAUACGGUAUUACCGGCAGUGUAAUGAAGGGGCGCUAUUUCAUUCCAAAUGUUAAGAAAUAAACCUUGACGUACAAAACAAAUGUAGGCAGCAGGGAUCUUGAUCCAGGAGGGGAUUGAUUGUCUCUGCUGUAACCAAGAAGCUUAAUCUUGCAAGCUAGCCACUUAGCUAGCAAGUUAGCAAGCCCUGAGCUGGAGUUAAUUUAUUUGGCACAUUUUAGAUAGGCCUAUAAUAGCUUUAGUGUGCUUGUGCUUGCCUUGCAGUAAUGAUUAGCCCGUCGUCAACUUAAUUUAAUCUCAAUGACCCGGUGAUUAUUUAAGCAAUAAGACCUGAGGAGGUGUGGUAUAUGGCCAAUAUACCACAGCUAAGGGGUGUUCUUAGCCACGACGCAACGCAUUGCAUCAUGCCUAAGAACAGCCCUUAGCCGUGGUAUAUUGGCCAUAUACCACAAACCCCCAAGGUGCCUUAUUGCUAUUAUGAACUGGAUAUCAACGUAAUUAGAGCUGUAAAAAUAAAUGUUUUGUCGUACCCGUGGUAUACGGUCUGAUAUACCACAGCUGCCAGCCAAUCAGCAUUCAGGGCUCGAACAGCCCAGUUUAUAAAAAUUUUUUGGGACACAUGUAUUUGAGCUAAAUUCCAACCAUAUUCAUUGAUAAAGGUAACCCAAUUUAACAAAUCACACCAAAAAAUAAAUACUCUGAAAAUGUUAUGCAAUUAAAAUAAACAAAAAUGCGUUUUCCUUAUGCGGAAAAAGUUAGUACACCAGUAACUUUACCAUCACAUUUAAUGGCUAAAAUUAGAAUCAGGUGCACCAAAACAGGUGCAAAUGAUUUGGAAAAUCAUUAGAGAAACGUAGGAGGGUCCAGCCUUCCAUAAAGAUUAGAAACUUGGUCUGGUUAGGUCUUAACCAUAUGGGUGUGUGGUAACACAUCAUGCCAAGAUCAAAAGACCUACCCGAGGCCCUCAGAAGAAAGAUUAUUGAGUCUGGGUGGGGUUAAAAUCCAGACCACUGGCAAUCUACCUAGGACAGGUCGUCCCACCAAAUUCAGCCAAAGAGCUGAAGAACCCCAGGUUAACAUCAAGGGAUCUACAGGCCUCUCUUGCCACAAUCAAUGUCGAAGUACAUGAGUCAACUGUCAGAAAGAGACUGCACAAACUUGGCCUACAUGGGAGGUCAGGAAGGAAGAAGCCUCUGCUCUCAAAAAAUAAUAUCAAGACACGACGGACGUUUGCCAGACAACACCUGGGUGAAGACCAAAACUACUGGAACAAUGUGCUCUGGACAGAUGAGUCAAAGUUGGAGUUGUUUGGCCGCAAUGCCAGACUCCGUGUUUGGUGAAAAUUAAACACUGCCUCUGAACAGAAGAACCUCAUACCAACUGUAAAGCAUGGAGGCGGUGGCAUUAUGGUUUGGGGCUGCCUCAGGGCCAACAUGCCAUCAUUGAGUCAACCAUGAAUUCUAUAUUGUACCAGAGAAUUCUUGAGGAGAAUGUGAGGCUGUCAAAAAGCGGAAGCUGAACUGAACAUGGAUCUUGCAACAGGACAAUGAUCCAAAACACAAAAGCAAAGCUACAACAGAAUGGCUCAAAAAUAAGAAAUGGAGGGUUAUGGAAUGGCCGAGUCAAAGCCCAGAUCUCAAUCCUAUCGAAAUGCUGUGGGAGACUUGAAGCGGGCCGUGCAUGCAAGAAAGCCCUCGAACAUGACACAGUUGAAGCAGUACUGUAAAGAAGAGUGGGCAAAAAUUCCUCCCAGUCGAUGUAAGAGACUGAUAGAUACUUACAAGAAAUGUCUACAUAAAAACAUUUCAGCCAAAGGGGGCAACACAAGCUAUUGAAGCUAGGGGUGUACUUAUUUUUUCCGCACUAUGGAAUUGCAUUUCUGUAGAUUUUUGAUGAAUAAAUGAUUUCAAAGUAUAAUUUUUCAGUGUCAUUUGUUAAAUUAGGUUACCUUUAUCUGUCAAUAGUGUUGAAGUGAAGAUUACAUAUCCAUCUGUCCAAAUAUGUUUUUAAAAAAAGACAACUUUCCAGGGGGUGUACUUACUUUUUUUCCCCACUGUACAGUCAUAUGAAAAAGUAUUGUCAGCCACCAAGUUCUCCCACUUAAAAAGAUGAGAGAGGCCUGUAAUUUUCAUCAUAGGUACACGUCAACUAUGACAGACAAAAUGAGAAAAAAAAAUUCCAGAUAAUCACAUUGUAGGAUUUUUUAUGAAUUUAUUUGCAAAUUAUGGUGGAAAAAGUAUUUGGUCAAUAACAAAAGUUUCUCAAUACUUUUAUAUACCCUUUGUUGGCAAUGACACAGGUCAAACGUUUUCUGUAAGUCUUCACAAGGUUUUCACACACUGUUGCUGGUAUUUUGGCCCAUUCCUCCAUGCAGAUCUCCUCUAGAGCAGUGAUGUUUUGGGACUGUCGCUGGGCAACACAGACUUUCAACUCCCUCCAAAGAUUUUCUAUGGGGUUGAGAUCUGGAGACUGGCUAGGCCACUCCAGGACCUUGAAAUGCUUCUUACGAAGCCACUCCUUCGUUUCCCGGGCGGUGUGUUUGAGAUCAUUGUCAUGCUGAAAGACCCAGCCAAGUUUCAUCUUCAAUGCCCUUGCUGAUGGAAGGAGGUUUUCACUCAAAAUCUCACGAUACAUGGCCCCAUUCAUUCUUUCCUUUACACGGAUCAGUCAUCCUGGUCCCUUUGCAGAAAAACAGCCCCAAAGCAUGAUGUUUCCACCCCCAUGUUUCACAGUAGGUAUGGUGUUCUUUGGAUGCAACUCAGCAUUCUUAGUCCUCCAAACACGACGAGUUGAGUUAUUACCAAAAAGUUCUAUUUUGGUUUCAUCUGACCAUAUGACAUUCUCCCAAUCCUCUUCUGGAUCAUCCAAAUGCACUCUAGCAAACUUCAGAUGGGUCUGGACAUGUACUGGCUUAAGCAGGGGGACACGUCUGGCACUGCAGGAUUUGAGUCCCUGGCGGCGUAGUGUGUUACUGAUGGUAGGCUUUGUUACUUUGGUCCCAGCUCUCUGCAGGUCAUUCACUAGGUCCCCCCGUGUGGUUCUGGGAUUUUUGCUCACCGUUCUUGUGAUCAUUUUGACCCCACGGGGUGAGAUCUUGCGUGGAGCCCCAGAUCGAGGGAGAUUAUCAGUGGUCUUGUAUGUCUUCCAUUUCCUAAUAAUUGCUCCCACAGUUGAUUUCUUCAAACCAAGCUGCUUACGUAUUGCAGAUUCAGUCUUCCCAGCCUGGUGCAGGUCUACAAUUUUGUUUCUGGUGUCCUUUGACAGCUCUUUGGUCUUGGCCAUAGUGGAGUUUGGAGUGUGACUGUUUGAGGUUGUGGACAGGUGUCUUUUAUACUGAUAACAAGUUCAAACAGGUGCCAUUAAUACAGGUAACGAGUGGAGGACAGAGGAGCCUCUUAAAGAAGAAGUUACAGGUCUGUGAGAGCCAGAAAUCUUGCUUGUUUGUUAUUGACCAAAUACUUAUUUUCCACCAUCAUUUGCAAAUAAAUUCAUUAAAAAUCCUACAAUGUGAUUUUCUGGAUUUUUUUUCCUCAAUUUGUCUGACAUAGUUGACGUGUACCUAUGAUGAAAAUUACAGGCCUCUCUCAUCUUUUUAAGUGGGAGAACUUGCACAAUUGGUGGCUGACUAAAUACUUUUUUCCCCACUGUAUAUGGAUUCUCCUCUUGGUCUUUCAUUUACGGUCAGCUAGUAGUCAGCUGUGUUCUCUUCUAUUCACAUGUUAGCAACAACAUGUUUGUCACCCCUGAUGGUCUGGAUAGUGGUUCUGCUAGGAACUGCUGUGACUCAGAAUAGAAUGAAGGGCUCUUUAUCAUAUGAUCCCAGCCUGAUAAUGCAGCCAUUGUUUGGUGCAUCUGGACAUCUCACACACUCUCCAGAGAGAGAGAGAGAGAGAGAGAGAGAGAACGCAACACACAGCCCGGUGUGUGUGUGUGUUUUUAGUUUUCUGCCAUCGUUGGGCUCCAAACAAGCCCAGCCCUCCUGUCUGACCCUCUUUCAGCCCGCUCCUCGACGCAUGAGCUAGGGUCAGAGGUCAAGGGGUAGAGGUCAGCGGACACUGACCCUCAGGGUCAUCCGUUGGGAGUAAACCCUUCAAUGUAAUGCAGCUGGAUGGAUGUAGCCUCUGUGGCCUCUAUCUGCUCUCUGGCUAGAGACAACCAGGAUGGAAGGAAAGCCCUGUUUCCUGAGGGGGAGCCGCGUUGUCACCCGACAUUAUGUUGUCAGACAUCGCUCCUCUGCUCUGAUGCUUCGCUCUCCCCUCAGACUCACCGCAGGUCAGGAAACUACUCUUUCUCUUCCACUUACAAAAUGGCAUAACAAUCUACCAAACUAUAAAGACUCAUUCAACCUGGAAAGAAAUGUGUAGUAACUUUUAAUGACCUGCAACACAAAAUUGCAGUUAAUACAAUAUAAGGUCCAAACUGUAGUACGGACAUGAUCGUAUCCAGCCUCUUGUUCGUUACGCUGUAUGAUUCUGAUUAUAGGCCUAGUUGUUUUAACACUGGACUUAUUAUUCUCCUCUGUAGGUUCAUUGUGGUAAGUCCUCCUGUAGCAAGGGAGUUUCAAUAGGCUAAUCAAGUUCAUGAUCUUUUUCCAGUCAUGUUAUGUAGAGCCGAGCAGUUAACUGAUUUCUACAUUUAUGCAAACAGAUUAUGGACAGGACACGUACUCUAACAAACCCUGGCUUAGAGCGUUCUAGAUCUGUAGAUCUUUAUAAUGAGGUGUAGGCUACAUUAGGUUGUGGGUUCAGAGUUCCGUUUUAAAAUUGGUCGUUAAUGGUACUAUAAGUACUAAGUAGGCUGUUUUUAGGCUAGGGUUUAGGCUACAUUCUUUAGAAAGAAAGCUUUUUAUUUGUGGAUGUAGGCCUGCAGCAAACAAUGCAUUGCUUGUCGGCUACUGUAUGUCUGAGUUUGUUGGCCUGUAAUGUAAAAAGACUAGAGACUGAGAUGCACAAAAAAAAACAGUGCUCAAACUGACCUACAGGAUGGCAGAAAAUGUCACAAGUUGACUAAAGAGUAGAGUACACAGACAAAUAUCAGUCGAAAGAGAAGCAUCCUCCCUUCAGUUCAAUGCCACUAUGGCAUCAAAGGCUAAUUUCUUAGAAAGCCAUUAGUGGCAUGCUCUUUAACCAAUUCAUUAGACCCAUCCUUAUCCAAGAAGAGUCAUUUGUUUCUGAAUAGCGACCACUUUGCUAUGAAGUAACCCGCUCGUUGAUGCUACUGUUGCCCUGUUGUUCUUCUAAAGAGGAACGCUCUUCCUCAAAGCCCUGACAUUAUUAGAUGUGUCGCUCUGUUAACCUGAUCGUGAUGUUGGCUACCAAAGGUCCAUUCAUGUUCAGCUGGACAACAUCUAAUGACACACUGGCUGUAGAAAAGUGACUUCUAACAGUGUGAUCAAUGGCUGCUCACCUCAUUCCACAGCUUGGGUGAGAUCAAAUAGGAAAAAGGCUUAGAUUAAAGAACUAACUGGAGCCAGUCUGUAGGACUUCAGAGCUGAGGGAUAAAGCGGGGGGAAGCUAUUUGAUGGCACUUCAAAGCCAGCAAAUGGAUGUUUUCCUCCUCUCUCUGUUCCACCCUGUCCUUCAGGCAGGAUCACAAACCACCGGCUCCUUAUCUCUGGGAUGAGAUAGUGGGGGGUUGAGCCAAAAAUAAUAUUUUGCACUGCAGUGAGUCAGGUUGUGGUUUUGCUUGAUGUUUUUCAGGUGUGAAAUAACUUUGACUUUGUUUUUGAGUCAGAUGUUGACUAUCCCCCCCCAAACAACAAAUGUGUGUUCCUGAACUCAAAGAACAUUGCUGUUCUUUCCUGCUUUGGAAAUAUGUAUGUGUACAUAUCACCUAGAUAGCGGUCAUAUAAGCCUACAAGAUGUUGUUCAGUGCUCUUCUUCGUGGUUGUGUGUUUACAAACAAUACAUUUAAAACACAUUUGUUUUUUCUUUUGUUUCAGGAGGUGCUGAAACACCUACAGGGAAGCAUUGAAGAAGACUCUACCGAUUCAUCCGAACAAAUCAAUCUCCUAGAAAGACUGAAAGGUAAGCUUCUCAGUCAGAGCCAGACCAAUUGUAGGCUAUGUAGGACUAUUGUUGCACACACGAGGUGGCAGAAUUGGCUCACUGAAACACAAAGAUUCCAUAAAAUAACCUACAUUUUAUGUUCCUUCCUCCUGUAGAAAUUAGCCUGGAUCCUAACAGUUACCCAGGUGUGAAGCUGAGACCUAAGCCGCCCUCCAUGCAGGGCACAGGCUCUGGGCGGUCAGGGGACAGCAGUCCCAGUCCCAGUCCUAGCCCAAUGGGCUCCUUGGGCUCCUUCCCCAGGAGAGGGGUGUCCAAUGGGGGCCAAGACAGUGCUGGCUACCUGGAAGAGCUGGAGAAGGAGAGGUGAGCUUCUAUGCUUGUAUUAUAACACAUUUCAACAUUCGUCUAUAUACUGAUUUUACUGGAACAGUAAUAUAUUCACAGAAUGUCUCGAUCAGGUUCUAACUGAUGGCUUCCUCUUGCAUAUGAUGUAUUUUCACAUUUGUUUAUACGUACGAGCAAAGCAUUCUUGGCUAUACACUCUGAUUUACUGCAACAAUAUUCACGGGGGGCCAGUAUGAAAAAAAAAAAAAAAUGUAUACACUAACUGUACGUCGCUCUGGAUAAGAGCGUCUGCUAAAUGACAAAAAAAUAAAAAUAAAAAAUACACUAAAAAAAAGAGUGGUUUGCCUCUCUCCCAGCCAAAUCACAUUAUGAGUACAAUGGUGCAGCCUGAGGGCUUCCAUCACACAGUAUCAAAUCACAUUUUAUUUGUCACAUGUGCCGAAAACAACAGGUGUAGACCUUACAGUGAAAUGCUUACUUACAAGCCCUUAACCAACAAUGUAGUUCUAAGAAAAAUAAAUGUUAAGUAAAAAAGAUAAUUAACAAAUAAUUAAAGAGCAGCAGUAAAAUAACAGUAGCGAGCCUAUAUACAGGGGGUACCGGUACAGAGUCAAUGUGCGGGUGCACAGGUUAGUCGAGGUAAUUGAGGUAAUAUGUACAUGUAGGUAGAAGUAAAGUGACUAAGCAUAGACAAUAAACAGAGAGUAGCAGCAGCGUAAAAAGAGGGGGUGGGGGGGACAAUGCAAAUAGUCCGGGUAGUCAUUUGAUUAGCUGUUCAGGAGUCUUAUGGCUUGGGGGUAGAAGCUUUUGAGAAGCCUUUUGUACCUAGACUUGGCGCUCCGGUACCGCUUGCCGUGCGGUAGCAGAGAGAACAGUCUAUGACUAGGGUGGCUGGAGUCUGUGGCAAUUUUUAGGGCCUUCCUCUGACACCGCCUGGUAUAGAGGUCCUAUCAUGCUAACAUUGUUAGGUUGCAUAAUGUAUUCCCGGCAUUAGUCACAGACAGGAUGCAUUUUUACUUUACUCUUAUUCAGGACACCCUCCCUGUUUUAUUCUGGUAUGUCAAUGCUGUAUAUGUGUCUUUUGAAUUAGGUCUUUAAUUGGUGUGUUUAAAUUUGGUCGGAUUUCUGUCAGUGUUUUGUCUCUGAUUGGUGCAGUGUUUUGUAUCUUGGGUAUCUGAUUGGUGCAGUGUUUUGUAUCUUGGGUGUCUGAUAGGUGUGCUUGUCUCUGUCCUGUCAGGUCAUUACUGAUGGCGGAGCUGGAGAAAGAGGAGAAGGAGAAAGACUGGUAUUAUGCACAGCUGCAGAACCUCACCAAGAGGAUCGAUAGCCUACCACUGACUGAGAAUGUAAGUGUUUAUUUGUCGUCCAGUGUUGUUAGUGUGUUGGGGUACUCUAGUCAAAAGCGAUGCACAAAUUGUAUGUAUAAUCUGACGAAGAUGAGGCGGUGGUCAAUGGGUCUCCUCUCUGCAUUAGAUAUUAGAAUCGCCCCAUUGCAUCACGACUGAUGGCUGUUUUGUUGUUCCUGUUUGCUGUUGCAGCAAUUCUCCCUGCAGACGGAUAUGACCCGUAGGCAACUGGAGUAUGAGGCGAGGCAAAUCAGAGCCGCCAUGGAGGAACAGCUGGGAACCUGCCAGGAUAUGGAGAAGAGGGCACAGGUGAGGAGAGAGGGAUGAGAUGAAUGGAUACAGUGAAAGAGAGAGCAGGUACAGAAAGGGCAGAAUAUGGGUUGAGUCAUUGAGGAUACACAUACAUACACACACACACACACACACACACACACACACACACACACACACACACACAGGAAAAACAGAAUGGUCAGACAGGAUACUGACUACUGUAAGUAGGAUGAGAUGAUGUAGGCGGGUGGGGGGCUGGGCAUUAGUAAGUUGACUUAAUUCAACAACUUCUGUCUCUGCCUCUACGAAUGCUUUUAUUCAGUCAGUGUUACAUCAUUGAAAUAUUUCCUCCUCUCUGAGUGAUCGCUUCCUGUAAAUGUCCUGCUGUACUUCAGGUGAGGGUGGCUCGCAUUCAGCAGAUAGAGAAGGACAUGCUGAAGGUCCGACAGUACUUACAGUCCCAGUCUGCAGAACCAGAGGUAUGUCAUACACCAGCCUCAGACAUAAUAUACUAGAAUGACAAGAACAUGCAUGGAGGGCAUGUUCUAGAACCAGAGAAGGUGUCGCCAGAAACAAGAGGACAAAAUAUCUCGGUAAUUACAUUUAGGGCUGGUUUCCUGGACCCAGAUUAGGCUUAGUCCUGGAGAAAAAAAAUAUUUGAAAGGAUGUUUUAGUCAAGGACAUGCAUAAUCUGGGUUUGGGAAAUCAGCCCUAAAUGUAUUUACCGUGAGAUAUUCUGUCCCCUGUUGUUUCUGGCAGCACUUUCUCUGUAUUCUGGCUACUGCCUGGCUUGUGUGGACAUCUCCACAUACAUUCUGUGGUCACAGUUUUGUUGGCUUUUAGUCAUGUAAAUAACCUAAAGCUGCUUACAUCUGAGUGUCAUACCAUAUCGGAGUCAGCCAUCCCAUUUUCUGAUAUCUAUUUAAUCCUCCAUGUUGUACUGGUGGUAGCUACCCGCUUCUCUAUGCAGUGAGAUGUGUAGCCUAUGGCCUACAUCACUGCAUUACAGAGAAACAACUCAUGGACAUGGACUAGUGUACAAUAAUGCUUUGUUACUGAUUCGAUGUGUUGGUUAUCUGAACUGAACACACUGUCCUUUCAUCCAAUCAUUUUGCAGUGUUCUGCUCAUCUCCUAAACAAGAGCAGCAUUUAUUUACUGUGGCUCCUAAGAACACUAGAUUGCUGGAAGGUACUCUAGAAUGCAGAGUUCCGUUCAGCAUUCCACUUUAUCUCACUUCUGACCCUGAUUCUGGGGGGUGAAAUCAACCAUAGGCUUUCUCUUGUUCUCUCUCCCUGUGUUAAAUAUUAAAAAGAGAGCUGGGUCUAUUUUCCAUCCAAUUUCAAUGGAAGACUUCAGCACUGGACACAUUAGCUGACCUAUUGACUGAGCAUGUGUGCAGUCAGUCAGUCAACCAGUGACCCACCUUCUGCUCCUGUUGGAUGCAGGCAAGCCAUAAGGUCUUGGUGUGCGUCAGUGUGCAUGAAUACCAUAUCCAAGCCAGUGCACUCAUGCAUGUGUGAUUUUGUGUUUAUUUGGUGGCCCAUACAGUGUGUGUUUAUGUCUGUUGGUAAUUGUGCAUGUUGUUGGUGUGUGUACACUACAGUCCCUCACCCUGCAUGUGUGCUGGCUCUCAUGUGAUCCCCCGCUUCAUGAGUGGAUUAAUCUCAUUGGACACAUUUAAUUUCACUCCCCCCUUUGACUGUAAUCCUGCAGACUGAGCGACAGUUGAUGUAGGUCAGGAAUGAGGAAUCCUGAUGCUCCUGCAGCUGCUCUAGCUAGCUUAGUGACUGAACACUCUAUCCAUCUCUCUCUCCAUCGUUCUCUCUGAGUCUCACACCCACUCUCAAUCUUUCUCACUCUGUCUUGCUCUCCCACUCUCAAUCUCCUUCGGUCUUCCUCCUUCUCUCACUCCCCCUCCUACUGUCUUGCACGCUCUCUCACUCCCUUUCCUUCCUUUCCCUCUCUCUGCCUGGUGAAUGAUUUAUCCCUCUCUCUGCCUUUUCUUCCCUCCUUCCAGGUGACUGGUUCUGUAUCCUCGCUCUCUGUUGACUAGUUCCUCUCGUCCCUCAUUUAGCCUGCUACAUGAAUGGUUUUCUCCUCUCCUCUGGAGGUCUGACCCUUCUAUCCGUCUUUCUUUCCCACCCACAGAGCAAGCAUGACCAGGCUGGCCAGAGUGAAGGACCCCAGGCUUCAGGGGACAGUGGUGGGCCAAGUGCUGGGUGUUCUCAGGUAAGACUGUCUUACCUUCCAUUCAUACCUGAUCGAAAACAAUCAGCAUUUUUGAAGGGACCAUUAUCAGAACAUAAUGAGUAGUAAUUUGGGAUACAAGGAGAUUUGUAGACUGAUUCUGCACAGCCUGACUGCAAUGUAGUCAAUCUCAAACACACAGUGCUUGCAAGCCCAGAGAUUUGUAGUUAACGUUUGAUGGAUUCAUUUGAUUCCUUUACUCCUAUUAUGCUCCUGAAAAUCUCUUCCUCCAUUGGACUGACUGGCAGUGUUGGUUAGGGGAGUUCAGCUGAGCAGUCGUGAGCUGCCUUUUUGGCUUUGCUUAGAGCCUAGACUUUCCUGUUAAUGCUAAUGAUUUGUCUUACUUCAGAGUAGGUUUUAUCCCUGAGGCUUGAGGUUAAAGCAUUAAUGCAGGGGUUACCAAACCCUUUUGACACGACCCCAUUUUGAGAUCUGAAAAUUCUUGUGACCCCAACCAUUUUUUAAAUGUAAUUAACAGCCAAUGUUUACGUUUUUCAGUGGGGCUAUGGCGGUCAAUUGCAAAACAUUCUAACACUAUUUCUGAUUCUAUUCUCAACUAACUAGGGCUGACCCCAAUUAGUCAACUGGUCGAUUGUUUGGUCUAUAGGCUGUUGGUCGACCGAGAUUGUUUUCGUCGCGCAGUAGAAAAAAUCUAAUCCAUUUCGGAGGCCUAGACUAAAAGGCAAUUCAUGCUUGAUCUGAAAAUGUAGUAGAGGCUCCAUAUGGAGGGUGUGACACAAUUGCGGAGCCUCAGGAGGCAUCCAGACGCCAACUCGAGCUCAAAACCGCAUCACCAUGCACCUCCCAAAUGUUGUAACAAUGCGAAGGGCUCUGUAUAGCUCCGCGUUGACAUGAUUGGUUAACGGUAGGUGGGGGCGGUACAUCCUGUAUAAACAGAAACUCACUUCCUUGACAACUUCCUUCACAACAACUCUGCACUGCUUUGCGAAGCGCAAUAUGUAUGAAUGCCCUGACCUGCAGAGGCCUUAUCACUGUAAAUUCUGCAUGGCCAAUGCAGACGUCAGAUUGACCAUGCGGUGCACAGAUGCACAAUGUACUUCUCUCUCCAGGAAUGCGCUCUCCCCGCCAAUUUGUGCAUUGUUUCAUAACUUCAUUGUGUGAAUUGUUUGCGUUUGAUUGUUAGUGUAGGAUAUAUCACUUCUCCAUUACAUACAGUGGGGAGAACAAGUAUUUGAUACACUGCCGAUUUUGCAGGUUUUCCUACUUACAAAGCAUGUAGAGGUCUGUAAUUUUUAUCAUAGGUACACUUCAACUGUGAGAGACGGAAUCUAAAACAAAAAUCCAGAAAAUCACAUUGUAUGAUUUUUAAGUAAUUCAUUUGCAUUUUAUUGCAUGACAUAAGUAUUUGAUACCUCAGAAAAGCAGAAUUUAAUAUUUGGUACAGAAACCUUUGUUUGCAAUUACAGAGAUCAUACGUUUCCUGUAGGUCUUGACCAGGUUUGCACACACUGCAGCAGGGAUUUUGGCCCACUCCUCCAUACAGACCUUCACCAGAUCCUUCAGGUUUCGGGGCUGUCGCUGGGCAAUACGGACUUUCAGCUCCCUCCAAAGAUUUUCUAUUGGGUUCAGGUCUGGAGACUGGCUAGGCCACUCCAGGACCUUGAGAUGCUUCUUACGGAGCCACUCCUUAGUUGCCCUGGCUGUGUGUUUCGGGUCGUUGUCAUGCUGGAAGAUCCAGCCAUGACCCAUCUUCAAUGCUCUUACUGAGGGAAGGAGGUUGUUGGCCAAGAUCUCGCGAUACAUGGCCCCAUCCAUCCUCCCCUCAAUACGGUGCAGUCGUCCUGUCCCCUUUGCAGAAAAGCAUCCCCAAAUAAUGAUGUUUCCACCUCCAUGCUUCACGGUUGGGAUGGUGUUCUUGGGGUUGUACUCAUCCUUCUUCUUCCUCCAAACACGGCGAGUGGAGUUUAGACCAAAAAGCUCUACUUUUGUCUCAUCAGACCACAUGUGACCUUCUCCCAUUUCUCCUCUGGAUCAUCCAGAUGGUCAUUGGCAAACUUCAGACGGGCCUGGACAUGCGCUGGCUUGAGCAGGGGGACCUUGCGUGCGCUGCAGGAUUUUAAUCCAUGACGGCGUAGUGUGUUACUAAUGGUUUUCUUUGAGACUGUGGUCCCUGCUCUCUUCAGGUCAUUGACCAGGUCCUGCCAUGUAGUUCUGGGCUGAUCCCUCAUCUUCCUCAUGAUCAUUGAUGCCCCACGAGGUGAGAUCUUGCAUGGAGCCCCAGACCGAGGGUGAUUGACCGUCAUCUUGAACUUCUUCCAUUUUCUAAUAAUUGCGCCAACAGUUGUUGCCUUCUCACCAAGCUGCUUGCCUAUUGUCCUGUAGCCCUUCCAAGCCUUGUGCAGGUCUACAAUUUUAUCCAUGAUGUCCUUACACAGUUCUCUGGUCUUGGCCAUUGUGGAGAGGUUGGAGUCUGUUUGAUUGAGUGCAUGGACAGGUGUCUUUUAUACAGGUAACGAGUUCAAACAGGUGCAGUUAAUACAGGUAAUGAGUGGAGAGCAGGAGGGUUUCUUGAAGAAAAACUAACAGGUCUGUGAGAGCCGGAAUUCUUACUGGUUGGUAGGUGAUCAAAUACUUAUGUCAUGCAAUAAAAUGCAAAUUAAUUACUUAAAAAUCAUACAAUGUGAUUUUCUGGAUUUUUGUUUUAGAUUCCGUCUCUCACAGUUGAAGUGUACCUAUUAUAAAAAUUACAGACCUCUACAUGCUUUGUAAGUAGGAAAACCUGCAAAAUUGGCAGUGUAUCAAAUACUUGUUCUCCCCACUGUAUAUCACCAGUAGUACAUUUACCGUUAAUUUCUAAUCUACAAUGUUUGCUUGGUUAUGGUAAUUGCUGUUAAUGCAUUCAGUAUAUUAGUAUUCAAGUCUUACUGUUCUCAUUGUCGGAGUGGACACAUUGUUUGCAGAGCGCACAACCUAUGCUACACUUGUGAGAAACAAGUUUUGGUUUAUUUCAUUUCAUUUAAGAGUUUUGUCAAUUUAGUCAUUGUCUUUUGUUUGAAGCGCUCCUGUCAAUGUUGAGUAAGGACGCACACCUGAUUAUGCAUAUAAGUAUAUAUGCCUAUAAGCUACUAGGCCUGCGCGGAAAUGUAGGCAUAUAAAUGUGCCCAUUUGGGGAUCUGAAAGUAUUUCUGAUUGGCUUAACGCACCACCACUAAUGAGCUGUGGAGCUUCUCAAAGUAAUGCUUUCUUCACUUCAAACAGCAAGCAAACAGUCUGUUUUUACAUCCAUUGAGAAUGACAAUAGUUUCUCAAUGUAGGCUAUUUGAAAAAUCUUUCCAGCUCUCUCCCUUUCGAUAACCACUCAGCAUGAAAGGGAAGAAUGUCAUGCUCUGAUCCAGUGGAAACGUCAUAAAAUAGGCCUACCUGAUUACUUCUUAUCAGUGCUUGACUUGGACUGAAAUAGGUUCUGGUACUCAUUUUGGGUGAUGCUACUGUUUUUAUAUUUAGGUGCAGGACCACCACAAUACUUUUGAGCUAAUAUUCUAUAAGAGGAAUAGGAGCUCAUGCAGUAGAAAGUGGCAGGUGCCGGUACUCAGCUCCAGUGAGCUCCUGCCCAAGUCAAGCACUGCUUCUUAUCCCUUGCGCAAAUAGCCUACAUCUGUGUCUGUCCCGAGCUCACUGGCGAGGGAAACUAUGAGGGCCCAGAAUAUUUUAUAUAAUGUUGAAAGUUCGCUAGCGCAAGCUUCCAGCUGGACCCAAGUUAGGCUAAUAGUUGGUACAAUGUUUCAAGUUCAUUGCAGACAGGCCAUGCAUAGCCAAUGUGAUUUUUAGAUUUUUUUAUCAGGAUAUUUUCUACCUGCAGGCUAAAAUGUUUUUAUUUGUUGGAUUUAUGUAGGCUAUUUUUACAUAGUUGGCAAUGGCAGUAUACGUUUAUUUUUAGGUUUAUCAUUUUCAUUUAGAUUUGGAUAGAAUUUUGAUUAACCACAUGACAAUGAUUUUGAGAUAUGAAGACGUUAUUAUAAAUUAAAUGAAACUGUUCCACGAAAAUGUGCAUAUGAAAACCAUAACUGGCACGCAGAUCGGUAUAAAUGGUAAGAUAAAUUGGCAUUCCACAUUAAGGUUGCCGACUCCUCGUGUAGCCUAUUACCGGCAACUUCAGGAGAGUAACGACAGAAUCUGCGAAAUCCAGCAGGAGGGGGAGGAGAAUGGUUAGGUCAGGUUAAGGUUUUUUUCUUCCUCUAGAUCUCUGGCUCCCUCUUGAGUCAUUUGUCUUAUUUCAUCAAACAGUAAGCUUAAAGCAUCAGACAAGCUCAAUGCAUAUAGUUGAUUUUAUUAAAACACAUAGGGUGUGUCUAUAUAUGGAAAAAUACACGUUUAAUAAUGUCGACCAAUCGAUUGAUCGACAUAAGACGACUAUCGGUCAACCAAUAUUUUUUUUUGUCGGGGACAGCCCUACAACUCACCAUCAUACUUUUAAUAUGGGGCUAUGAGAGUCAAUUGCAAAUUAGUCUGACAUAAUUUAUCUUAUCUCACCACCACUAACGAGAUGGGUGUGCUUGAUGCAUGUUGUGUCGGAGCUUACAAAAAGUCGGGGCGUGGUCGACAGUGUGCACCUCAUCUCUCCUAUCACAUCCAACCUGGAUCGAUAUAUAUAUUUUUUUAUGCAGACGAGAGCACUGAAUCAGUUUACAGUGAGUUUUAAUGCUCGGAGGGAGACGUCACAGUAUUUUGUUUAAGUCAGGAACCAAAACUCCUCCAUAGUGACUAAGGUUGAAUAUUUUCCCGGUAUUUUACAAAUGUUCAAUUUUGAGAAUAAAUCACUUUUCUCCCGGGUAACCCGGUAUUUCCCGCCAAAACCGGAAGUGUCAUUCAAAAGCAUUAUAAAGCAUAUAAAUAAGCCAAUGUCUGGAUUUGAUUAGAGCUUUGGUUGAAAAUUCAAGCCUGAUGCAACCUGAGCCUGAUUUAAAUACAUUUUAUGCUCUGGAUAAGAGCGUCUGCUAAAUGAUGUAAAUGUAAAUGAGCCCAAGCCCAAAUGAUUGUGCCGUUAUCCAAUACAAAGGCUAUAUGAUAUAUAGGCUACUGCACAUUAUGCACAACAGAAAAACAUAAAAGCACAUGGAUGUAGCUAUGCACUCUUGGGUAAAUAAAUUAAACAAGCUCCAGUAGGCUAAUCUUUUUGAGUUUGAACUGUGUUACUGUAUUGUUAUGCUGUUAUAUACGGACUGGAAUUACACAUCUUGUUCAAACCAUGAUAAUGCAGCACAGGCGGCCUACAAAAUUACUAGUAUAGGCUAGCGAAUUUGAUUAAAAAUUUUCAUAAUUUUCACCCUAAUGUUAUUCGUUUACCACCUCUUUCUCUCUCUAUUGUUGCUUCAGUCCUUGCUUUCAAUGGUUAUAAUUAAUAUGUUUAGAUGUCCUUAUCUAUCUGCAGGUUAGCUAGAUUUCUAGAAAGUAAAAACGAUAUACACUACCGGUCAAAGGUUUUAGAACAUCUACUCAUUCAAGGGUUUUAAUUUAUUUGUACUAUUUUCUACAUUGUAGAAUAAUACUGAAGACAUCAAACUAUGAAAUAACACAUAUGGAAUCAUGUAGUAACCAAAAAAGUGUUAAACAAAUCAAAAUAUAUUUUUUAUUUGAGUUUCUUCAAAUAGCCACGAUGACAGCUUUGCACACUCUUGGCAUUCUCUCAACCAGAGUAGGUGAACGGAUGAUCUCCAUAUGUGUGGUUCCCACCGUGAAGCAUGGAGGAGGUGGUGUGAUGGUGUGGGGGUGCUUUGCUGGUGACACUGUCAGUGAUUUUAUUUAGAAUUCAAGGCACACUUAACCAGCAUGGCUAAUUGAUCAUUAGAAAACUAUUUUGCAAAAUUGUUGUGCUGAUUAAAGAAGCAAUAAAACUGGCCUUCUUGAGACUAGUUGAGUAUCUGGAGCAUCAGCAAUUGUGGGUUCAAUUACAGGCUCAAAAUGGCCAGAAACAAAUAACUUUCUUCUGAAACUCGUCAGUCUAUUCUUGUUCUGAGAAAUGAAGGCUAUUCCAUGCGAGAAAUUGCCAAGAAACUGAAGAUCUCGUACAACGCUGUGUACUACUCCCUUCACAGAACAGCGCAAACUGGCUCUAAUCAGAAUAGAAAGAGGAGUGGGAGGCCCCGGUGCACAACUGAGCAAGAGGACAAAUACAUUAGUGUCUAGUUUGAGAAACAGGAGCCUCAACUGGCAGCUUAAUUAAAUAGUACCUGCAAAACACCAGUCUCAACGUCAACAGUGAAGAGGCGACUCCAGGAUGCUGACCUUCUAGGCAGAGUCGCAAAGAAAAAGCCAUAUCUCAGACUGCCCAUCUUAAUCUUUUAUUUUUAUUGGCCAGUCUGAGAUAUGGCUUUUUCUUUGCAACUCUGCCUAGAAGGUCAGCAUCCCGGAGUCGCCUCUUCAUGAGCAUAAGGAGGGGAGUUUUUGAGUCUUUCAGUCAGUUUACUCUUGAUUGCUAGCUAUAGCAUCAAUUCUUAGUUUUGCAGUGUUAUCUGACAAAGGUAUUGAUGUGAGUUUCUGUGCCUCUGCCUCCCCACACAUUGUUUUUCACCAUAUCAAUUGCGGCCGGUAAUAUCAAAGUCUCUGCAGUAGUGUGUGGUUUCAUAGUGUAGCGGGCUUAGCCAUUCACUGUGGGAAUGAUUCAAGUGUAAUGGUCAAGUGCGGCCUUUUCCCAAGAUCUAAGGGUGCUCUCUGGUUUAAUUUGAACUUUUAGAUUAGAAGAAUUUUCAUUAGUUUUUUUUUCUUCCAUGAUUUGGGAUAUUCUCCCACGACCCCAUUUUUAUAUCAGGGGUCGCGAUCCUUAGUUUGGGAACCACUGUGUUAAUGGUUAAUUUUACCAUUUAAAAAAUUUAAUGUAGUCUGACUUCACUCGAUUCUUAGCAGAUUAAGUGAGGUUGCUGGGAAUGUUCUAUGGAACGAAACUGGCACACACUGUGACACACUAAUGGCUUUGAUGAGAAAGGCAAAGAUGUUCUAGGAAAUUGCUAGCAAGCGACACUAAUAUGAAUCAAUAAAUUAUUGAAAAAUGUGUUUAAAAUGUUUUUUUGUUUGUUUGUUUUUUAGGGUUCAAGCAGUCGCCUGGAUCACGACUCUGCCAGUGAAAUAAGUUUGGGUGUGGGUAGUUACUCUGUGCCCCGCCGACUGACCAGUCACCUGGGCACCAAGGUAACCAGAGAUUCGAAUACACCUCAGGUUGAUAUAAACUCAGCAAAAAAAGAAACAUCCCUUUUUCAGGACCCUGUCUUUCAACGAUAAUUCGUAAAAAUCCACAGAUCUUCAUUGUAAAGGGUUUAAACACUGUUUCCCAUGCUUGUUCAAUGAACCAUAAACAAUUAAUGAACAUGCACCUGUGGAAUGGUCGUUAAGACACUAACAGCUUACAGACAGUAGGCAAUUAAGGUCACAGUUAUGAAAACUUAGGACACUAAAGAGGCCUUUCUACUGACUCUGAAAAACACCAAAAGAAAGAUGCCCAGGGUCCCUGCUCAUCUGCGUGAACGUGCCUUAGGCAUGCUGCAAGGAGGCAUGAGGACUGCAGAUGUGGCCAGGUACAAUAAAUUGCAAUGUCCGUACUGUGAGACGCCUAAGACAGCGCUACAGGGAGACAGGACGGACAGUUGAUCGUCCUUGCAGUGACAGACCAUGUGUAACAACACCUGCACAGGAUCAGUACAUCCAAACGUCACACCUGCGGGACAGGUACAGGAUGGCAACAACAACUGCCCGAGUUACACCAGAAAUGCACAAUCCCUCCAUCAGUGCUCAGACUGUCCGCAAUAGGCUGAGAGAGGCUGGACUGAGGGCUUGUAGGCCUGUUUUAAGGCAGGUCCUCACCAGACAUUACCAGCAACAACGUCGCCUAUGGGCACAAACCCACCAUUGCGGGACCAGACAGGACUGGCAAAAAGUGCUCUUCACUGACGAGUCGCGGUUUUGUCUCACCAGGGGUGAUGGUCGGAUUUGCGUUUUAUCUCAAUCCCAUUGAGCAUGUCUGGGACCUGUUGGAUCGGAGGGUGAGGGCUAGGGCCAUUCCCCCCAGAAAUGUCCGGGAACUUGCAGGUGCCUUGGUGGAAGAGUGGGGUAACAUCUCACAGCAAGAACUGGCAAAUCUGAUGCAGUCCAUGAGGAGGAGAUGCACUGCAGUACUUAAUGCAGCUGGUGGCCACAACAGAUACUGACUGUUACUUUUGAUUUUGACGCCCCUUUGUUGAGGGACACAUUAUUCAAUUUCUGUUAGUCACAUAUCUGUGGAACUUGUUCAGUUUAUGUCUCAGUUGUUGAAUCUUUCUAUGUUCAAACAAAUAUUUAUACAUGUUAAGUUUGCUGAAAAUAAACACAGUUGACAGUGAGGACGUUUCUUUUUUUGCUGAGUUUAGUUCUACUGUUAUGAAACAGCCCCCGUUAAAAACAAACCACAUGAUCUGCCUGCAUGUCCAAACCGGAAAUGUUAUCUAUACUGAACAAAAAUAUAAACGCAAUAUAUAACAAUUUCAACAAUUACAGUUCAUAUGAGGAAAUUGGUCAGUUGAAAUACAUUCAUUUGGCCCUAAUCUAUGGAUAUCACAUGACUGGGCCUUGCAAUGUGCCUCAAGAUCUUGUCACAGUAUUUUUGUGCGUUCAAUUUGCUAUUGAUAAAUUGCAAUUGUGUUCGUUGUCCGUAGCUUAUGCCUGCCCAUACCAUAACCCUACUGCCACCAUGGGGUACGCUGUUCACAACGUUCACAAUCCGCAAAUUGCUCACCCACACGACCCCAUACGUGUGGUCUGCGGUUGUGAGGCUGGUUGGAUGUACUCCCAAAUUCUCUAAAACGAUGUUGGAGAUGGAUUAUGGUAGAGAAAUGAACAUUCAAUUAUUUGGCAACAGCUCUUUUGGACAUUCCUAUAGGCAGCAUGCCAAUUGUACGCUCCCUCAAAACUUGAGACAUCUGUGGCAUUGUGUUGUGUGACAACUGUACAUUUUAGAGUGGCCUUUUAUUGUCCCCAGCACAAGGUGCAUCUGUGUAAUAAUCAUGCUAUUUAAUCAUCUUCUUUAUAUUUCACACCUGUCAGAUGGAUGGAUUAUCUUGGCAAAGAGAAAUGCUCACUAACAGGGAUGUAAACACAUUUUUGCACAGAAUUAGAGAGAAAUAAGCUUUUUGUGCGUAUGGAAUAUUUCUGGGAUCUUUUAUUUCAGCUCAUAAAACAUGGGACCAACACUUUACAUGUUGUGUUUUAUAUUUUUGUUCAGUGUAGUUGAGCAAUUUCAUUAAAAUUAUACUUUUUUUUAACAGAAGUAGCUCACAUAAAUGAGAUUGCAUCCCAAGUGGGUACAAUGUAAUCAAUUUCGAUAUGAAUAACUUGUUUCGACCUAUAAAUCAUCAGUGUGUCUUCUACAAUAUAGUUGUUCUCACAGUCGACCUUCUUACCCUACAGGUGGAGAUGGUAUAUUCCCUUCUCUCUAUGCUGGGGACCCACGAUAAAGAUGACAUGUCUCGCACUCUGCUGGCCAUGUCCAGCUCCCAGGACAGCUGCAUUGCCAUGCGUCAGUCUGGCUGCCUUCCCUUACUCAUCCAGCUCCUCCAUGGCAACGACAAGGUUUGAAAUGUUUUGAUUUUUGGGGGUAACUUUGUCUUUUAUCAUUAGUUAUUUGUUUUACCAUCAAGGAUCACUUUGGAAAUAAGUGUUUUAAUUAAUACUUUCAAGUGAGAUCCUCUGGGAUCAAAUUGUUGUAUGUAUGUAUUAUAAUUCUUUACCCCAAAUAAAAGUAUAUUCUAUACAAUUCAAUUCAAGGACUCUGUGCUGCUGGGGAACUCGCGGGGAAGCAAGGAGGCCCGGGCGAGAGCCAGCGCCGCCCUCCAUAACAUUAUCCACUCCCAGCCUGAUGAUAAGAGGGGUCGCAGGGAGAUCAGAGUGCUGCACCUCCUGGAGCAGAUCAGGGUCUACUGUGAGACCUGCUGGGAGUGGCAGGAGAGCCAUGAGCGAGGAGUGGACCAGGACAAAAACCCCAGUGAGGCUGGCUCUGUGUUUACUGUAUUGUGUUGUAUUGAUUUUGUGUAUCUAGUCUUGAUGUGUUGAUGUAUGUAUUGCUGACCUCGCAAAAAUAAUUUAUAUUAAAUAUUAUAUUAAAUAAAAUAUUGUGUUGUGUAGAUGAACUGUGUUGAUUUGGUUAGUGUAUGGACAUUUGGAUGGGUAAUGGAUUUUUUACCUAAUGGUGUGUAUGUGAACCCCAGUGCCCUCUCCCGUGGAGCAUCAGAUCUGCCCAGCGGUGUGUGUUCUUAUGAAGCUGUCCUUUGACGAAGAGCACAGGCACGCAAUGAAUGAGCUCGGUAAGCAUUCACCAAAUGCACUUUAUUUUUACUUUGACUAAUUAACCAGGAUAAUCAUUUCCACUCAGUUACAAUUGCCACUGCUUUCCAGGCAGUUAUCUUUAAAGAUAACACAUAAAUCCUUAUUUGAUAGAUUUAAUAUUUCAUAACAUUCUCAUCGCCAAGCAACCAUGACAGAACGGCGCUACUUAAAGGCAUCAUGUUAGAUAAAUAAUUGAUGUAUUCAUCACUGUAAAGAUGUAGGCACUUAUGCAAUGUCCUCAAUUAUGUGCGUUGCAUAGGACGACAUAUAGUAGAACAUUCAUGGGGCAGACUCAUGAAAUGAUUGAUUGCCAUUUCUCCUGCUGUUUUGUGUGUUCCCAGGGGGCCUGCAGGCUAUAGGGGAGCUGCUCCAAGUGGACUGUGAAAUCUAUGGCCUCACUAGCGAUCACUACAGCGUCACUCUGAGGAGAUAUGCUGGCAUGGCCCUCACCAACCUCACCUUUGGGGAUGUUGCCAAUAAGGUGCGCUUCUUCAGACUAUGUAGCCUAACCUCAGAUAUAGAUUGAUUGUGUGUGGAAUUGUGACAGAACGUUUUGGGAUAUCUACCUUAUGGCUGGUUCCCCAUGUCCAGAUUAAGCCUAUUUCUAGAGUAAAAACAACUUUGAAUCUCCAUUGAGCAUGUUUAUUAGUCUAGGAGUAGGCUCAAUCUGAGUCCGGUAACCCUUCCCAUAUUUGUGCUUACACCUGAGAGUAAGAGUGUCUUAAAGGAUAAUCUUGUUGAAAAAGUAUGGCUUCAACUUAAUAAUAAGAAUCUUUCUGUGUCUUCAAUCCUCAGGCCACACUGUGUUCCAUGAAGGGAUGCAUGAGGGCCAUGGUGGCUCAGCUGAAGUCUGAGAGUGAGGAUCUACAGCAGGUGAUUGCCAGUGUGUUGAGGAACUUGUCCUGGCGUGCGGAUGUGAACAGUAAGAAGACCCUCCGCGAGGUGGGCAGCGUCAGGGCUCUGAUGGAGUGUGCAUUGGAGGUACAGAAGGUGAGACACGUCAUGAAUACACUUUCAAUUAAAGGUCACCUUAUAAGCAUCCACAAUGGUUACUUUGAUACAAAUACAUAAUUAGGAGCACAUCAUGUAGAAAUAUUUGAAUGAAAUGUCCAAUAGGAAUUUUAUCAAGAUAUUUGCCUAAAGAUGUAUUCAAUGGCUAACAAAGUUUGUCCUCUUUCCCUUUUAUAGGAGUCUACUCUGAAGAGUGUCCUCAGUGCCCUGUGGAACCUGUCAGCUCACUGCACUGAAAACAAAGCUGAUAUCUGUGCUGUUGAGGGGGCUUUGGCCUUCCUGGUUAGCACUCUGACGUACCGAAGCCAAACCAAUACCCUCGCCAUCAUCGAAAGUGGAGGAGGCAUCUUGCGCAACGUGUCUAGUCUCAUUGCUACAAAUGAAGAUCACAGGUAUGUUAUCUAAAAUCAAAAGUGAUUAACUAUAGUAUUAUGCUGUUAAAUAUUAUAAUUGUUUUAUAUUGUACUGUAUCCCCAGUAGUAAUUCUUACACUUGAAAGCUGACAAGACCAUAUGUUUCCUUCUCUGUCUGUAGGCAAAUCCUGAGAGAGAACAGCUGUCUUCAGACACUUCUGCAGCACCUGAAGUCUCACAGCCUGACUAUCGUGAGCAACGCGUGCGGCACUCUGUGGAACCUCUCUGCCCGCAACGCAAAGGACCAGGAGGCCUUGUGGGACAUGGGUGCUGUGAGCAUGCUGAAGAACCUAAUCCACUCCAAACACAAGAUGAUCGCCAUGGGCAGCGCUGCAGCACUGAGGAACCUCAUGGCCAACAGGCCAGCCAAAUAUAAGGACGCCAACAUCAUGUCGCCUGGAUCCAGCCUGCCCUCUCUUCACGUCAGGAAACAGAAAGCCUUGAUCGAGGAACUGGACUCUCAGCAACUCUCUGAGACAUUUGACAACAUUGACAAUUUAAGCCCCAAGGCGUCCCACAGGGGUAAACCAAGCAGGCACAAGCAGAAUGUCUACAGUGAUUACGAUGGUGUCUCUAGAUCGGAUGGGUUUAGCCCCAACAGUGUGCCUGUGCGCUCCCCUUACGUGAACACACCAGUUCUGUCAAGCCCGUCACCCAGAGAGAACCCAAGGGGGAACAUAGAUAGUGUUAGGGCUGAGAGGGAUCGAAGCCAGGACAGAGACAGACUGAGGGGUGCACCCGGGGGUUUCCACCCAGAUCAUGACUCUAAGAGAAUGCAGAUGCCUGCCACAACAGCAGCUCAGAUCGCCAUGGUGAUGGAGGAGGUGAAAAGCAUUCACUUACUGACUGGUCUGGAUGACCGGUCACCAGAGAGCCCUAAUCAAGACCCUCACCGUACCACUGCAGCACAUGGUCAUUCAAAUAUACACCCCUCCACUAAGCCCGAUCACUCGGGCAGAACUUGUCCAAUGCCCAAGUUAGAAUACAGGGCGUCCAACGACAGUCUCAACAGUGUCAACAGCACUGACGGUUAUGGCAAAAGAGGCCAGAUGAAGCCAUCUGUGGACUCGUACUCUGAGGAUGAUGAGGGGAAGUGUUGCGUCUAUAGAAAAUAUCCUGCAGACCUCGCUCAUAAAAUCCACAAUGCAAACCACAUGGAAGAUGAUGAUGGAGAAGUUGACACACCCAUCAAUUACAGCCUAAAGUAUUCUGACGAGCAGCUGAACUCUGGUCGGCAAAGUCCAAGCCAAAAUGAAAGGUGGGCAAGGCCUAAGCACAUGGAGGAGGAGAUGAAACGGACAGAUCAGAGGUCUGUGCGAUCUCAAAGCCCAGGCUACCCCAUGUACACGGAGGGCAACUGUGAGGGCAAGGAAAAACUGAAGUACAAACCCAGGUUUGUGCAAACUGAAAUGCCACAGGGAUUCAGAUCAAGGAACACCAACCAACAUCAACAAGAUCAAAGCAAUGCUGGCCCCACUCAAGGAAUUAACAAAAAGAUGAACAACCAGACUAUGUGCCAGUCUGUGGAUGAUUACGGUGAUGACAAACCAACCAAUUAUAAUGAGCGAUACUCAGAGGAAGAACAACAAGAUGAGCAGCCGACCAAUUACAGCAUGAAGUACAACGAGGAACAUCAUGCAGAACAACCCAUUGAUUACAGUCUGAAAUACUCAGACUCCUCCUCCCAAAAAUCCAUGUUUAGUCAUUCAAAGUCAUCCUCCACUCAAAGCUCAGUGAAAGAGCAUCUGAGCCAAGAUGGUUCCACAUCAUCCGUGACAUCCAUAAAGAAUGCAGGAAGACAAAUGCAGCUACAUCCCUCCUCAGCUCAAACGAGAUCAGGGCCAACUCGGCCAGGCCAGAAGAACACAAUAUGCAAACCCCCUACCGUCAAUCAAGAGACACUACAAACGUACUGCGUUGAGGACACACCCAUCUGUUUCUCAAGAGGUAGCUCUCUGUCAUCCUUGUCCUCAGAGGAGGACGAAAUGGAGGGCUGCAAGAGGAAUGUAAAUGCUGCUAGUAACUACCCAACUCUUCCCAUCUCUGAGAAAGAUUCCACUGGCGGUCAAACACAAGAACAACGCACGACCGAGAGCCAGUCAUCUGUGCAGUAUGUCCGAAUGAAGCCUCCAAGGAAUAGUCAAGUUCAUGGAGAUGGAUCCAGACAUCACAAAGCUGAGUUUUCAUCUGGAGCCAAAUCACCAUCCAAAAGUGGCGCCCAGACCCCCAAAAGCCCCCCAGAACACUAUGCGCAGGAGACACCCCUCAUGUUCAGCAGAUGCACAUCUGUAAGCUCUCUCGACAGCUUUGAGAGCCAUUCCAUCGCUAGCUCUAUACAGAGUGAAUUGUGUAGCGGGAUGCCCAGUGGAAUAAUCAGCCCAAGCGAUCUGCCCGACAGCCCUGGUCAGACCAUGCCUCCGAGCCGAAGCAAAACACCACCACCCCCACAACAUCAACAUCCACCCCCAAUGAAACACAAAAAGGUGCCUCCUCCGCCUCCUCCUAGGGCAGAUAUGGCUCCAAGGCAUGCUGCCGUACACGCUGCUGUCCAGAAAGUCCAGGUGCUUCCGGAUAAUGAUGCCCUCCUACACUUUGCGACAGAGAGUACCCCAGAAGGAUUCUCUUGCGCAUCCAGCCUCAGUGCUUUAAGCUUAGAUGAACCUUACAUUCAGAAAGAUAAUGAGCUCAAGAUCAUGCCUCCUGUUCACGAAGACGACCAGGGAAAUGAGGCUGAACAUGAGAAUGAUGACACUACAGAACCCCCAAGCCAAGAGAAGCGUUCACCUGGAGAGACGGAAAAAGACAUUUUGGAUGAUUCAGAUGAUGACGAUAUAGAAAUACUGGAGGCUUGCAUAAACUCAGCCAUGCCAACAAAGUCAUCAAGAAAACCCAAAAAGCAAUCACCUUCCAACACUACUUCUAGAAUACCACCACCUACUGCCCGUAAACCAAGCCAACUUCCUGUGUACAAAUUACUCCCUUCACAAACCCGAGGACAACAGAAGACUGUGAACUUUGCCCAUGGAGAGGACAUGCCUAGGGUUUACUGUGUAGAGGGAACACCUAUCAAUUUCUCAACGGCCACAUCUCUCAGCGACCUAACCAUUGAUUCACCCCCUAAUGAGCUGGCCAAUGCUGAAAGCUGUGCUCCUCCUCGUGCAGAAGUAUCAUCCAGUCAAAGAAGGGACACUAUUCCAGAAGGUAAAAGUACAGAGGAAAAAGAUGCAGGUGUUACUUCCUCCUCCACACAAGCUGCCGCAACAGAAAAUGAAGGGGAUGAUAUUUUAGCAGAGUGUAUCAGUUCAGCCAUGCCAAAAGGUAAAAUCCACAAGCCCUUUAGAAUACAGAAAAUGUACGAUCAACCACCGCAUCCGUCAGCUUCUCCUGUUAGCCUAGUCCAGCAGGAGGUUGAAAAGAAGCCCACUUCCCCUGUUAAACCAAUGCCACAGAGUAGUGAGUACAGAGCUAGGAUGAUUAAGAAACCCCAGCCUCCAUUCAACUUUUCUUCAUACUCUGAUAAAAACAAAGAAACCAAAAUGCAAGAGCCAAAAAUGGCAUCCAGAGAUUUCACAGAUAAGCCACCAAAUGCAGAGGAGGGGCCACGGCCAGGGUUUGCUUUUGACUCACCACAGCAUUACACACCAAUAGAGGGUACACCCUAUUGCUUCUCACGCAAUGAUUCACUGAGUUCAUUGGACUUUGAGGAUGAUGAACCUGACCUCGCCAAGGAAAAGGCAGAACUCAGAAAAGACAAAGACCAGAGAAAAGCUUCAACAAAAAACAGUGGAAAGCCAUCCUUAAGGGCAAACAGGUCGAAUUUACCACAGACUGCUCCAACAAAACCUCUGCAACAGAAGCAGGCAGUAUUUCCACAAGCAUCCAAAGAAAACAUGGGGCCAGUGCCAGAUGAGAAGCAGAAGUUUUCCAUUGAAGACACACCAAUGUGUUUCUCUAGAAACUCAUCUCUCAGCUCGUUAAGUGACAUUGACCAAGAGAACAACAACAAAGACCUCCAGCCAAAAGAAGAGGAGGAUGUAACUCAGGUGGAAGCUCCUGUAAGACCACAAGUCUCUGGUUACACACCAAAAGCCUUUCAUGUUGAAGAUACCCCUGUGUGUUUUUCAAGAAACAGUUCACUCAGCUCACUAAGCAUUGAUUCAGAAGAUGACCUUCUACAAGAGUGCAUCAGUUCAGCCAUGCCAAAAAAGAAAAAACAGACAGCGAGAAAUAAAGGGGGGAAUGACCAAGGAGAUGCCACUGAGGAGAAAAGUAUGGAUGGCAUUUUAGCCGAGGAGCCAGAUCUCAUAUUAGAUCUCACUGAUACACAUAGUCCAGUUUCUGAACAAGCCUUAUCGCCAGACUCUGAGUCAUUUGAUUGGAAGGCCAUCCAAGAGGGUGCCAAUUCCAUCGUCAGCAGUUUGCACCAGGCAGCUGCUAGCCUCUCUAGACAAGGCUCAUCUGACUCUGACUCAAUCCUCUCCCUCAAAUCUGGAAUAUCCCUUGGGUCUCCCUUUCACUUACCCUUAAAUUCAGAGGAUAAUAAAUCUGCAUCCGACAAAGCAGGACGCCCACGGAUAUUAAAACCUGGUGAAAAGAGCACUUUAGAAGCCAAAAAGAAAGAAAAGGAAGAGGAAGCAGCAAAAGCUCUUAAAGGGGGCAAGAAAGUCUACAAAAGUCUCAUAACAGGAAAACCACGCGCUAUCACUGAGACCCCAGCCUCGUUACAGCAGAGGCAGACGGCCCCUACUGUUCCGAUCUCUCGUGGGAGGACAAUGAUCCAUGUCCCUGGUGUUAGAAGCAGUUCUCCAAGCACUAGCCCAGUCCAAAAGAAGCCUCCAGCCCGCGGUCCAGCCUCAGUCUCAAAAAUUCCCCCCACCCAAGGGCAGUGUUCCAGUAAUUCACACAGAAGCAUCAAACCACCUGCUAAAUCUGACCCUAGUCCUGCCAGGGAUCAGCCUGGAUCUCAAUCGGGAUCAAGUAAAGCUUCAUCACGAUCUGGAUCCAGAGACUCCACACCAUCCAGGCCAGCUCAGCAGUCCUUGACCACCAGACCCAUGCAGUCACCUGGUCGCACCUCUGUGUCACCUGGAAGAAAUGGUCUGGGCUCCUCUAACAAAUUAUCCCAAAUACCUCGCACUGCUUCUCCAAGCACAUCGUCAACCAAGUCUUCUUGUUCUGGCAGGAUGUCCUACACCUCCCCUGGAAGACAGAUGGGUCAGCAAACGCCACCCAAGCAGACUGGCUUAACUAGAAGCACUAGCGGAAUCCCUAGGAGUGAAUCUGCCUCAAAGAGUCUGAAUCAGUGUGGAGUUGCUGGCACUUCUAAGAAGCAAGAUUUGUCCAGGAUGUCAUCCACAAAGUCAAGUGGAAGUGAGUCAGACCGGUCGGAGAAACCUGCCCUAGUUCGCCAGUCUACGUUCAUCAAAGAGGCCCCUAGUCCAACACUGAAGAGGAAAUUGGAAGAGUCUGCCUCGUUCGAGUCUCUGUCCCCCUCUUCUACCAGCCAGUCUCAAACGCCUGUAUCAAGCCCGUCUUUGCCAGAUAUGUCGUUGACUCUGCCCUAUCAAGGAAGUCAGGGAAGCAACUGGAAAAAGUCCCCUCAGAGUCAAAAUUCCUCCGAAAAUGAGGAUGGGAAACCUCAAAGGGGAGUGAAACACGACAUCUCCAGAUCCCAUUCAGAAAGCCCCUCCAGGCUCCCUAAUCUUAACAGGACAGGGACAUGGAAGAGGGAGAACAGCAAACACUCCUCCUCUCUCCCAAGGGUUGGCACCUGGAAGAGAACUGGCAGCUCCUCUUCCAUCCUCUCUGCCUCCUCUGAGUCAAGUGAAAAGGGCAAAAGUGAGGAUGAACGACAGCCACUAAGGUCCCCACACGGCAAAGAUGGAAACCCUUUAAAAGGAACAUGGAGGAAGAUGAAGGACAGUGAAAUCUCGCAGUCAGAAGGCCACGAUUCUUCCUCCAUGGACUCUAACACCAUGGCCAUGGGGCACCAAAUGAGCCCUGCAGUGUCCAAGACUGAAGAUGUAUGGGUGAGGAUUGAGGACUGUCCCAUUAACAGCCCGAGGUCUGUAAAAUCUCCAACAGCAAACACACCUCCAGUAAUCGACAGUGUACUAGUCAAAAUGCCCUCUGUUGAUCUCUUGACAAGUGAAACCCAUCCCAAACAGUGCAAAACUGAAAGUGUAAAUGCUCGUAGGCUAGGUUCAGAGACUAAUUUAAACUUGUUUAGGAGCAGUGAGAGUCUUGAUAAGAAAGGGCCAGACCUCAAGCCUGCUCAGAGCAUCAUCCCAGAGGCCCAUGAACUGCCUGUUGCUGAACGCACCCCUUUUAGCUCCUCCAACUCUAGCAAACAUAGCUCACCUAGUGGUGCUGUGGCUGCCAGAGUUAGCCCUUUCAAUUACACUCCUAGCCCCAGGAAGAGCAGUGCUGACAGUGCCACACCACCACGACCCUCACAGAUACCAACACCUGUCAGUGUCACCAACAGUGCAAAAAAGAGAGAAUCUAAAGGAGAAAGUGCUGGAGAAAGUGGGUCCUAUAUUGUAACCUCAGUUUAAGUCCCUUGAGGCUAGAUUACACAGACACACACCCAUGACCUAUGGGAAAUGCUUUGACCAUACCUAGUGACCUCUGUUGUAAAGAAUUAUUAAAACAAACACAAAGCAAAGAUCAUGGAUUCGUCACAACUUUUGGUGUAAAAAACAAACAUGUAAAUAGUAGUGAGUUACUAGAGGGUUAUUGUAGUUGAUGCCUAGCCUAAUUGCUGGGCUCUGUUUCUUUGCUGGUAGGAAUGUGGCUGGGACACUUGGUUAUCAGAGAGAGAGAGGGAGACCUCUGAAGGAUAAUGUAUGUGAAUUUGUACUGUACAGAUUUUAAUUAUGUAUUUAAUUUAAACCCCUGUAAAGAUCCUGAAUCUUGUCCGACUUGACCAAGAUAAUCACUUAAAGUUGCAUAUUUGGGUUGUUAAAACGAUUAAAGAUGGACUUUAAUGCUACUCCAUUAUUUUAUUUUUUAUGAAGCCUAAAUUUCAGUCAGAAAGAAAAUGAAUUCUCAUUUUUACUACUGCAAAUGUAUUAUAAACUUACCCUUCCUUGCAUG